AUGCCCGCUUCGUCUCACACCGAUUCCAGCGCCACCCUAUCUGCGCCACCUUCUCCCGCGACAACCAUGAGCGCCGCACACAGCGACAACGACACCGACUACGCAGUCGACAAUUCUCUCGACGACAUCUUUGGCUCGUCGCCACCCCGCGAGACCCAGCGCCAAUCUGAUCCCAACGCAACUGAUUCGAAAACAACGACCGAACCGUCCGAUCUGCCCUCUCUCCGUCGGCAACACGUCACCGCGGGGUACCGCGAUGGUGUCUCGACCGCCAAGGGCGAGCAUGUCCAGCGUGGAUUCGACGCCGGAUUUCCCGUCGGAGCCCAGCUGGGAAUGCGAGCAGGCACCAUCUUGGGAAUCUUGGAGGGAAUUCUACGGGGAUUGGAGGAUCGGUCUUCCUCGGGCGUGAUUAAGAAGCCGGCCGGUCGCGCUGCAGCAUCGCGAUCGAACGAGGCAUGUGCGACCGAGGCCAAGGCCCAGGAUUUGCAAACUCGAAAGCGAGAUGAGGUGCUCAAGUUAUACCGGGAAGCUGUGAAGGCUCUGAGCGUGCAGUCGGUCUUUGCUGCAUCUGCUACGUCUGCGGAUCAGGCGUCGACAUCGGCAACAGGACAUGCGGAAAAUGCAGAAGUUCAAUUGGGCAGGAAGGGCGAUACGGUGGUCACCAGAUGGGAAGAGAAAAUGACAGUCUAUCAAUGGGAGAAGAAUAUGGAGGCGCUUGAAAUGAAGGAAAGCUCGGAAAAGACCACUUCCUCGGAUCAGGUUCUUGCUAGUGACCGAAGCUGA